AUGACCGAAUUCCAGACUACUUCUGGAUCUAAACCGGGUCCUGCAUUACUGGCCUGUCUUCAGUGCCGACACAAACACCUCAAAUGCGAUGGCAGGACUCCCGUCUGCGGCCGCUGUGAACACGCCCGAUCCCCUUGCGAAUAUACCAAGUCUCGGAGAGGCUACAAGGGCCCCUCGAAAAAGCGUCGCGCCCACUCACCGGAUUACUUGCCCAUGGAUCCCAACCCGGUAGGCAUGCUCGAUGUUCCCGUGGAUUGGGCGUUGCAGACUGGCUUCACUUAUUCGCCAACCGUACCAUUGCCCUCGUCCGCCUCGACUAGUCCCGGACUACACGGUCUUUCGACACCAAUCGUUUCAUCCGCUCGCCAAAUCAGCGGACCGUUGACCCCGGAUUCAUCCACUGCUGUGGGCGGGGAUGGCUACCUGCUCGAUAUCUACUAUAACUAUUUCCACGCCGCUCAUCCAAUCCUACCACCUCACCGGCUCCUCAGUCGCUACAUCUUCCCCGCAUACCUGGAGCAGGUGAUGAAGUUCAUCGGUGCCCAUUUCACCCCGGCCGCCUCGAGUGACACGUACCGCCCUACCAUCAUCGCAAUGGUCAAAGAACAAAAUCUGUCGGUGGAAAAGGUGCAAGCGCUGCUUCUGCUCGCCAUUGUGCUUCACUCGGACAAUGAGCGCGCCGAAGCCGGUGCCUGUUUGGCUGCUGCAGUAGAUUCGGCCUUUGAGCUCGGCAUGCAUCAAGGGACGUUUGCGAUCCUUGCAAGCCACGGGGAUCCAAUCCGCGCAGAGACUCUGCGGCGUACCUGGUGGGAACUCUUCGUAAUUGAAGGUCUCAUGACUGCUCUCGGUGUUCAGCGCGAGUACCGGACCAACCAAGUACCGCUCGAGGUUUCACUUCCAUGUGAGGAGCGGAUCUAUCAGGAUGCCCUACCGCCGCCACCGCCCCCGACAAUUGCGCAGUUUGACGGACGUGUGUUCGCGGAUGAAGAUCGCGACUUCUCCUCAUACUGCUAUCGCAUUGAAGCCAUACGAAUUCUCGGCCGUGUGGUGGCGAUGCAGAAUAUGACCCAAGGCCAGCAGGACCAAGUGGAAGCUCUUGAUGCGCGGAUUGGUAGUUGGGGCCAUCACUUGCCAGAGUCCAAGGAAGAGCUCUUGCGUCCCGACGGGAGCGUGGAUGAGAUCAUGUUCCAGGCGACCAUGAUGUUGAACGGUGCAGCCAUCUACCUCAACUUCCCGCGGUCCGAUCUUCUUUCGUCUCCUGCCGUUGCCGCGGAAGUCAUCUGUGGCCACCAUGGUCCGAUCAGUGUGCCUGCAUUCUCCCACAACGAGCAUGCCAUGAAGGCCGCCAAGGCCGCCCGAGAGUUGUCCCGCCUUGCUGCCUUCCGUCUACCCGUGAUCAAGCAUACUCCAUUUUUCAUCUGCGCGCUCACUUUAAGCUCCAUCGUCCAGCUGGCCACCUGCUCUGUCAAAGCCGGUCAAAUGCCAGACCCUAGCCGGGACCGUCUCGCGUUGACGAUCGGUGUCUUCAAGUCCCUGGCCCGUACAUGGGCUAUUUCCCAGUCGAUCAUGCGGCAGAUCAAAGCCGUUGCACGCGAUGUGAUGGAUCUUGGAUUGCGUCCGACAAUGGACUCACUGGAUCUGACGACGGUCUUAGAUAACAGUCAAUUCUGGGUGGAUCAGAGCCCGAGCUGA